AUGCGCCCUGCCAACCACGUCCCUGGCAGCACCACGCUGUUCACGGUGUUUGCCCUCCUGAAUGGCAUCAUCGUGCCCGUCCGUGCCGCCGACGAGAGCUCGAGCAGUUCCGCCUCCGACUCCAAAUCCUCCUCCGCCUCGUCGUCCAGCUCCAAGGCCUCCGCCAGCGCGACCGAGUCAAAAUCAUCCUCGUCCUCGUCGCCAUCCGCGACUUCGACGCCCUCCAGCGCCGCGGCCUCUGCCUCCAGCACAGACGGUGCCGGCCUGACCGGCCUUCCGACCCUCACCAACUUCGUGCCCAUACCCACGUACGCGCAGAUCGUCCCCGACACCAAGGACGCGCCGUUCAUGCAGUCGUCCAGUGCUCCCGAGGGCACCGUCUUCAUCGCCGUGGGCGCCAUCCUCGGCGCCUUUUUCCUCGCCGUCCUCAUCUGGCGCGCCAUUGUCAGCCUGCUGCUGCAUCGCUCCGUCGAGCGCGCCUCCAAGGCCCAACACGCCGCCAACAUUAAAAAGUCGUCCUCGUCCAACGCGGCCAACUUCCCGGCGCCGCCCGCGCCAUUUUACAAGUACACGGACCAGGAAUCCACACGUUCGCUCGGCCAGAGCGCGCGUCGCACGAACCGGCGCUCCACGCGCGGCCCGGAUCCCGCCAACGACCCGAGCCGGUCCAGCCUCUUCUUCUCACCCACGGCAGCCAGCGGGGGACCCGGAAACCGCGGCUCCACGUAUCUGCCAUCUGGCUUUUACGCGGCUGGGUCCGCUGCGCCGCCGCACCAGCAGGGACAGUCCAUCAGCAUGUCCAACCUCAGCCCGGUUUCGUACGCCAACGGGUCCCGUCACACCCUCAACGGCUCGCCGCCCGAGUCUCCUAUGUUUCACGCCCGCCGUGAUGCCAGCACUUCGUCGGUAAAUCUUGCCUCGCCGCUUCAACCCGGCCAAAGAGCCCCGAGUGCCUACCUCGAAGACCUGCUGGCUGAAGACCCGUCGGCCUUCCCUCCGCCAAAUAUGCCAGGGUCCCGUCGAUAG